AUGUCUGUACCAAAAGUCUCUAAAAUCUGCUGCAUUGGCGCAGGCUACGUCGGAGGCCCGACGUGCGCCGUGAUCGCGCUCAAGUGUCCGCACAUCCAAGUCACCAUUGUCGACUUGAACCAAGCGCGCAUCGAUGCGUGGAAUAGCUCCGAUUUCAACUUGCCCAUCUAUGAACCGGGACUCGAGGACGUUGUGCGAGCGACGAGGGGUCGUAAUCUCUUUUUCUCGACGGACGUCGACGGGGCGAUUCGGGCGGCAGAUUUGAUCUUUGUUUCGGUGAAUACGCCUACGAAGAAGACCGGGAUUGGUGCUGGAUACGCUGCGGAUCUCAAUUAUGUCGAAAAGGCGACUCGGAGAAUUGCACAAAUCGCAACCUCGUCCAAGAUUGUCGUCGAAAAGUCGACAGUGCCGUGCCGAACUGCGGAAUCGAUGCGUGUGAUCCUGGAAGCCAAUUCAAAACCUGAUGCGCGUUUCGACAUUUUAUCCAACCCAGAGUUUCUCGCAGAGGGCACGGCCAUUUCCGACCUCGUCUCGCCCGACCGUGUCCUCAUCGGCUCCCUCCAGACGCACGAAGGUAAAGAGGCGUGCAAGGCCCUGAGCGAGAUCUAUGCGAAUUGGGUCCCACAGGAGCGCAUUUUGACGGUCGGAUUGUGGUCAUCCGAGUUAUCCAAGUUGGCUGCCAAUGCCAUGCUCGCGCAGAGAAUCUCGUCUAUUAAUGCCCUUUCGGCCAUUUGCGAGGCAACGGGUGCGAAUAUUGACGAGGUUGCGCAUGCUAUUGGAAAGGAUACCCGCAUUGGACCGAAAUUCCUCAAGGCGUCUGUUGGGUUUGGAGGCUCGUGCUUCCAGAAGGAUAUCCUCAAUCUUGUCUAUCUCUCCGAGUCGUUGCAUCUCCCAGAAGUCGCGGCAUACUGGCGUCAAGUCGUCGAGAUGAACGAGUACCAGAAACGGCGCUUCACUCGGCACGUGGUCGAUACCUUGUUCAAGACCAUUACGGGAAAGAGGAUUGCGGUUCUUGGAUUCGCGUUCAAGGCUGAUACAGGCGACACUCGCGAGUCUGCAGCCAUUACUAUUAUCAAGCAUUUCAUGGAAGAAAAGGCUCUCGUUACCAUUUACGAUCCGCAAGUCGAGCACGAGCAAAUUUGGAUGGAUCUUCAAGAAGUAUCGCCAACCUUUACACUACAGCAGAUCAAGAGGCAAGUCCAGAUUGCUCCUUGCGCGCUCGACGCCUGCGCAGAGGCCGAAGCGGUGGUCAUUGCCACAGAGUGGAAAGAGUUUAUUACGCUCGAUUGGGAGGCCAUCUAUGAGCAAAUGUCAAAGCCGGCUUUAUCUUUGACGGAAGACUACUUGUGGAUUCUGCCAAACUCGCAAAGAUUGGGUUCAAGGUGUCUAGCAUUGGACGCGGCGCAGAAGUCACUGCUUAGUCCCAACUACACCCCCUUUUUAUACCGCUAUUUCUUGACGCUACCAGCAAUUGUAAUGUACUCGCACCGAUGA